AUGUCCAAUCUAAUCCCUUGGCUUCAAGAUAGAUUUUCAAAGAUCUACGACAUCUCAUUGCUUCAGAAUGAAGGUGGUCCAACCGGGUUAGAAGACUUUAGUGCUGGUUUUGAUGCAGUCUUUGCUUCGAACAUACGGAUUACCAUCAAUGGCGAGGAGGUCUCUAGGGACGGUCUGAAGGAGAGGAUUAUAUCAUCGGCCUCCGCUGCUACGCACAUCCAGGUAGAAUGGAAGGACUUGAUUGAAGUGCCAAACCAGGGCAUAGAUGACUCUGAUUUGGUGACUGGCAUGGUAGCUGGGCAAUUCAUAAUAACAAGGUCACUGAAAUUCCGCAUCCGUGCUGCUCCUGCACAAAAUCAAACAAUUACUAUCUUCCAAGCACGCAUUGAAAACGACGCAAACAUUAGCUCUGGCGAUCUACGUCGUAUCACGCAGCUGCACUACACCAUGUUGAGCAAGCCUGUUCCCAUCCAUGUAUAA